GUUUUCUAGUUUGGAAAAAAAAAAAUGGAAAAAGCAGUUUGAAUUUACCGCUCUCUGUUUUCUUCUCCUUCGCUGGAAUCGGAUAUGGAGAAUAAGAAAAUCGGGAGAGACGGCAACGAGGAAGACGAUCAGAAGAUGGAGCAGUUCUUCGCGUUGAUCAGGAGUUUCCGGGAGGCGAGAAACCGGAGAAGAGAGGAACUGAGAGAGAUGGAGGAGAUGAAGAAAGAGAAGAAGAAGAUGCGGAGGUCCGGCGGCGAAGAGCAAUCGAACUGGAUUCCGACGUUUCGGCAGGAAGAUUUCACGCAGGAGAUUGAGUUUCGAAGACCGCCGAUCAUCUUUGCCAGUUCUUGCAACAAGAAAAAACAACCGGAAGAUAAUUUGGAUCUCAAUCUCAGACUCUAGCUGGUAGCUUGUGUGCUAUUUUCAGAAUUUUACUUUUUGUUCUUUUGUUUUUGUUUUUAAACAGUCACCAUGCCAGUAGAAAUGAUAUCUUUA